AUGAGCUUUGGCCCCGAGGCAGCUCGCGCCCUGGAGAGCAUCCUUCUUUCGAAGAACGCUCCCCUAGGUGGCGACAACCUGAACUCGUCUGGCGAGAGGCCGACCUCUCCACAACGAACAGAUCCCCGCGAAAUCGUGAACCAUGGCCCAUCGAUACCCAACAUGACGAAGCACUCCUGGUAA